AUGAAGGCUAAGAAAAGCAGUCUUUCAAAAGGCAGCGCUACAUCUCAGAAGUGGAAAGAUGUGAGGGGUAAAAGAUGCAGACCUCCUCCCGUCGUCACGUCGGACCUCAACUCCAGUCCUGUCAUGGUCAGGAUGAUCAAGGAGCACCAGGAGUGCAUGAAGAAGAAGCCCACCGUGAAAAGAUUGAAGAGCAAGGCAAAACCUGUGUCUGGGAAAACUGUUACACAGACUAAGUCAUUCACUAAUGGAGACAUGGGCCUAGAUUCUGACGAAUUUCAGGACUGGAAGGAGUACUCCCAAUCAGUCCAAGUGAAUGGGCUACAGACGCAAGCUGCCACAGAGGAUGGUCGUACCCGUCGACUGGAUGGGAAUUCUCUUCAUCAGUGCGCGGAGAGGGAUGAUCAGAGGAAGCACGCAGUGCUCAUCAUGCAGAAAGGACAGGCCCUGUGUUUCCGCGGCAAGUGUUAUGUGACUUGCCUGUAUGGGCGGGUAGAAGUCCUGGGUUUCACCAUCGAGGAGGGCCAGCAGUCUUACCCGCUCUUCUCUCCUGCCUCACAUUGUCCACUGACCAUCAGAGCCACAGAGCGCCCUGAUGACAGCCGAGACCAUAGAACAGAGGCAACAGACAUCCUUUCCAAUUACCUUCCACCUGCGUCACAAAAGAAGCUGCUCAAAAAGGUUGUUUCCAACUCCUCCAUCAUCCUGUUGGAGCCCAUGGAGACACCUUUGACACGCUUUCUAUCAAGCUUUACUGAUCUCAGCAACCUGUUUGACCCCCCUGCGGGAGAACUUAUGUCUGCCAUCCUGGACACGCCUCUUAAUGGCUUGGGGAUGAUUCCUCUGGUCAGCGACAUUGAGGGCCUGAAGGUUUCGGAGAGCUGCCGGGAGUCCCUCAAUGCGGUGGUCAGUGCCUGCAAAGGGGACCUGGAUGCUUGUGCUGUUGUCCUGGUGUACGGAGCCAAAAAUGUUGGGAAGUCCACAUACGUCCGCAUGGUCAUCAAUACUCUACUAAAUCACACAACAAGUGUGGACUAUUUGGAAGCAGACCUCGGUCAAACUGAGUUCACCCCAGCGGGUUGCUUGUCUUUGGUGACUGUUAAAGAGCCUCUGCUAGGUCCCCCGUUCACACAUCAACGUGACCCCGACCACAUGGUGUACUACGGCGACACAUCAUGCGAGUCCGACCUAAGCCGCUACAUGGAAAGCCUUAAGUCCCUGUGGCGUAGACGCUCACCGAGCGGAGAGACGCCCAUUAUUAUCAACACCAUGGGCUGGGUUAAAGGUUUUGGACUGCAGCUGCUAGUGGACAUGCUGCGCUUUUUCCCGGUCUCACAUGUCAUUCAUUUGACUCACGGUGGUGGCACCACGCAAAGCCCCGCCCUUACUCCGGAGUUUCUGAGAACUGCCCAAGGCUUCCACACGCAGCCGCCUGCUCAGACAGCAUUGGACGAGUUCACGGACAGUGCACGCAGCCCAUCCCGUGGCUAUUUUCACAUGAGUGUUCAGUCCGACUUUGAAGGCGUGGGCUGUCAAGGAACGGCGAAACACCAACGCACCAAUGAGCAACGAGACCUGUCACUUCUGGCAUACCUUGGUCAGCUUCAGUCUGCUGAUCCAGGACCUGUUAGACAACUUCACUCUCUAACACCCUACCAGGUGCCCCACACAGAUGUGGCUUUGGUUGCAGUCCAUUUUGACGUAGCGCCCAGUCACAUUUUCUAUGCUGCCAACUCCAGCUUGGUGGGACUCUGCAUCCUGGCAGAGAAAGUGGCCAGCAAAGGGGGUCCGGUCCUGCUGUCUCGGCCCCCAAUCUGCCCCUGUGUAGGCCUGGGUGUGCUGCGAGGGAUCGACAUGGCACGAGGCCUGUAUUUUGUGCUGACGCCGGUAGAUCCCGCCAUCCUGCGCAAGGUUAACUGUCUCCUUCUCGGAGCUACGUCGUUGCCCUCCUGCAUCCUGACAGCACAGGGAAAUUUGCAGGGCGAGCUACCUUACGUCACAUCAGACUACAGCUUCGACCUGACCGGCGCUGGAAAGCUGCGGAUUUUCAAGGGCCUGCAGAGACCGAGUCAGACAGGGACACGUUGA